GGGCGGUUGGUUGGACCGUCGCAGCAGCGGAGAGGUCCGGGAAAGUUUCUUUGGAGGUGGGGCCGGGAGCGGCCAUGUCCCACGGCUCCAAGCAGCCCGGCGCGGCCGCCGCGCCGGCGGGGGGCAAGGCUCCCGGACAGCAUGGGGGCUUCGUGGUGGCUGUCAAGCAAGAGCGCGGCGAGGGCCCCCGGGCCGGCGAGAAGGGGUCCCACGAAGAGGAGCCGGUGAAGAAGCGCGGGUGGCCCAAGGGCAAGAAGCGGAAGAAGAUACUGCCAAAUGGGCCCAAGGCCCCAGUCACCGGCUACGUGCGCUUCCUGAAUGAGCGGCGCGAGCAGAUCCGCACCCGCCACCCGGAUCUGCCCUUUCCCGAGAUCACCAAGAUGCUGGGUGCCGAGUGGAGCAAGCUGCAGCCUGCGGAGAAGCAGCGGUACCUGGACGAGGCUGAGCGGGAGAAACAGCAGUACAUGAAGGAGCUGCGCGCGUACCAGCAGUCCGAAGCCUACAAGAUGUGCACGGAGAAGAUUCAGGAAAAGAAGAUCAAGAAAGAAGACUCGGGCUCUGGGCUCAUGAACACCCUCUUAAAUGGACACAAGGGUGGGGAGUGUGAUGGCUUCUCCACCUUCGACGUCCCCAUCUUCACUGAAGAGUUCUUGGACCAAAACAAAGGCACGGGCGAGACGCCCACCCUCGGCACCCUGGACUUCUACAUGGCUCGGCUGCACGGCGCCAUCGAGCGCGACCCCGCCCAGCACGAGAAGCUAAUUGUCCGCAUCAAGGAGAUCCUGGCCCAGGUCGCCAGUGAACACCUAUGAGGGUGUCCGCCGCCCCAUGGAUCCAGAAAAGACCAAGCUCCGGUCGCGGCCCCUUCUCCACCCCAUGGAGGAGGAUUGGGGGUCCACCCUUUGGGGCCAUGCCCAAUCCUGCACCUUGGGGGCUCCAGCCCCCCUCAUUAAAUUUCUACAGCCUCCCUCUAGCUUUCAACUUCCGCAGCACUCCGAGCCCAGAAACGCCACCUGCUGUAUGAGGUCGGUCUAGAACCCACAGCCCCAAGGCCCAGCAAGGCCUGCGCACCUUGCACCUCACACUACAGGGACAUGGGGACACCACAGUGGCUUGCACAUCCCGUGCGGGGAGGGCUGUCCCUGCUAAACUGCAUCUUGAGGACACAGAGAGAAAAGCCCACCCCCGACACGCUGGGGCUCCCCACAGGCGCCCCUCACAGGCACCCAGCAGGGACAAGCGGAUCCUCGGGGCGAGGCCCCCUGCCUGUGCCCCCAGAUUCACUCACCCCAACAUUGGGGGGGCUGGUGCUGACCAGCCCUCCCUCAUCCCCCUGAGGGACCCUUGUGAAGGCAGCCUCCGCCUUUGCUCAAUUGGGACUUUUUAAAUAAAAAAAAAAAAAAAGUGGAA